AUGGUAUCCUUUCUCUCUAGGAUGUCUGCAAAAGACCAGAACAUAAACAACAGGCCUCUCUGUGAGACUGCACUCAGGCACUUCAAAAGACAUAAGAUUGAGAUUUCAAAUGCAAUAAAAAAGUCAUUUCCUUUCCUUGAAGUCCUUCGUGACCGUGGAUUCAUCACUGAUAAAGUAUAUGAAGAUUGUCAAGAAUCUUGUAGAAACUUGGUCCCUGUACGGAGAGUGGUGUACAACGUUCUUAAUGAACUGGAGAAGACAUUUGACCUGCCACUUCUGGAAACACUGUUCAGCCAGGCCAACAUGCAGGAAUACCCUGAUUUAACUCACAUCUGUACAAGCUUUGAAAAAGAGAUCCAAAAUAAAAUUGGUCACCAAGCAAGUAACCAAGAAAAGAGUAUGGGGAACACCGAUACCCAACUAAGCCUUGAACAAAGUCAUUGCAAACAGAUAAAAACUGAUUCUCAUUUGCUAAGAGGAAAGGAGAAAGCCCUUUCUCUGCACGUCAGGUCCAUGGGUUUUCAAAAAUUCAAACCAGGUCAGGCGGCUCUACUGUUUAAAACCCAGCACUGUCCUGUGGCCCGCAGCAGCAGGCCCGUACUGCGCAGUGGGGAUGAAAGGACACCGCCGCGGCCACGUCUUCCCACCCCUCGCGCACCUUCCCACUGGGCAAACUCGCGCCACUAA